AUGUUGUACUUUUUCAAGACAAUGUUGUACUUUUUCAAGACAAUGUUGUACUUUUUCAAGACAAUGUUGUAUAAAUUCAGUACAAUAUUGUACUUUUUCAGAACAAUGUUGUAUAAAUUCAGUACAAUAUUGUACUUUUUCAGAACAAUGUUGUAUAAAUUCAGUACAAUGUCUCUCAAAUUUGAGUACAGCUGUACUUUUUCAGAACAAGUCUUGUACUUUUUCAAGACAAUGUUGUACUUUUUCAAGACAAUGUUGUACUUUUUCAAGACAAUGUUGUACUUUUUCAAGACAAUGUUGUACUUUUUCAAGACAAUGUUGUACUUUUUCAAGACAAUAUUAUAUUGUUUCAGAACAAAGACGGUUAAGACACAAACGAAUGUCCGACGUACCACCAACCGAGUCCAUAUCCCAACCAGAAGAACCGACAGCCCCAGCACCACAACAGACUAA